GCCACUUUCACCACCUCCUUUUGAUUCCUCUCGAUCUUUUUUCUUUGUUAAGAAUUUUUCUCUCUCUAUCUCCCAUUUCUCAGAGAGAGAAAAACAAAUUGUCAAAAAGAGAGAGAGAGAGAUGGCAGUUUCUAAGGUUUCAUCAUUCGGGGUGGUCGCUAUCAUAUUCGCCAUCAUCUUGCAAAUGGCUCAGGCACAAUCUCCCGCUCCUGCUCCUGCGCCCACAAGUGACGGCUCGUCAAUAGAUCAAGGAAUAGCAUAUGUGCUGAUGCUGCUGGCUUUGGCGCUCACAUACAUCAUCCACUAAAUCCAUAUUGCACGUACCGUCAAUAAAUAACCGAUCGAUCGAGUGCCUCAUUGUGUGCGAUAUCUAAUGAUGAAUGUAUUCUAUAUUUACAUUAAUGUACUGUAAUUGUUAGGAAGUCAUGAUGGCGAGUGCGUUUUUGGAUUGCGUGGUGUAAUUUAUCAGUCUGGGAAAUGGGCGGAUCAUCAUGAGAUUUCAUUUAGAAGCCCUUUAUAUGUACGUAUCUACGUACGUACUUAAUUUUGUAAUCAAAUGACAAUCCCUUUAUACAUUAA